ACGCCAGUUGGGACAUGCGCGCUACGGCCGCCUCUAGUAUUCGGCCAUUUUUGGUUUAGAUGAUAAAUGGUCAUGGUAAACAAAAUACUGUGUGAGUGAGAUGUUGUACGAAAGACGAUUUGAGAAAAUGGAGUAGAAAUGGCCAAAAAGUGAGUGAAGAGAAGACCUUACUUUUUCAAAAACGGGUAAGACACCCAAGAGCCGCUGUGAGAAUAGAAGUGUUCGCAUCAGUUUGAUUUCCAAAUAUCUGCAGAGAAAAAUAUGAUCAACCAGCUACGUUACGUCACAAGAAAGCUGCAGGGUCAAACUUUAAAUGAGGCUUCGGAAAACAGCGGAAAGGUUGGCAGUGAGGACCGCGACUCUGGCACCGAGUCUGAUGACGAGCAGCCUUACGACGACCCUGAGCCCGGCAGCGAGAUGUCGAGUGAGGUGUCCAGUGGGUGUAGUGUGAGAUCGCGCCCCACCAGCCAGACCAGCACGGACACUCUCACCUGUGAUGACCUCCCAAUGGCUGGAGAUGCUCCUGACAUGCCCCCACCAUCCACCAUCCCUUCCUCAUCAGUACCCUCUUCCUAUCACCACCCACAACAUCUCCAUCACCACCAUCAUCAUCACCUUCACCACAGUCAUCACCCACAUCCUGGUCGGAGGGCACGGACACCCCGUCACCCCCACCCAUCUCUUCGAACCCCAGACCCACCUAGAGAAUCCCCUGCCUUAGAGUCCCCUAUUGAAUCUUUCCUGGACUCUGCGUUUGUAAGUGACUGUGAUGCCUGUGAUCCCGUAGAACAUCACUCGUCAGAAGAAGAGCUGGAAACACUGACAUGUUCGUGGUCCCGAGAAACAGGGCCCCCGGAAAAGCGCAAGUGGUCUCAAGUAGCCCGGCUCUCCCUUACAGACUCAGGAAGCAGUGACGAGGAAGUUUGUGUGUUGACCACUGGGUCACGCCCACCCGUCCAAUUUAGAACCUCCCCGCCCCUCGAGGCUCAUAAACCCUUACGCUCCGUCUCUCCACCAACAAAAAUGCUUGGUCUAGCAAGUAGUGGACGGGAAGGUUUAGUGUCAGCAAGUGGAGGAGGCGACGGUAGGGGCUCUCCUGGUGGUGGCGUUGGUGGCAGUGAGGGUGGGACUCCAAGGGCAGAAGGAGGAGCACGGGCGGCAUCCCCACGCAAGAGACACA